CCUCUUCCUGUUUUAUUAAAAGUGAAAGUAAAGAGUGUGAGCAGCUCGGACUGUGUUUAUUCUGUAUUAAAGCUGCUCUGAGCUCAUCGGUUUUCUGAGUUUACUCUCUGGAGGUAGACAGGCCGGGUUCACCGCGCUGUGUCCCGGGUUUGGACCCUGAGGAGCGGCUGUGUGGAGCAGCAGGGCGGGCCAGAGGGUCGCUGUGUUCCGGUGUUUGGUUGGAAACGCGAUAGAUACACCAUGGCGUUAUCAGCGUUACCUGAGGUAUUUAAUGAAGUAGAACUUGUCAUUAACCUAAAAGAAUUUGCGGAUCGAAAGAGUGUGGAAGCAGAAAUAAAAAAGUUGUGCUUAAGCGCAAAACCCAGAGGUUCAGCUAUGGUGGUUACAGGACGUUACAUGAGGAUAGAGGAUCUUCACAAGAGCUUAUCAAGAUUGCAGAAGGGGAAAAGCCAAAGUGUGGGACGUACAGAAAUAAAUCCUGUGAAUCAAGACAGCUCACGCAGACGACCGGCCACUCCCAUUCCACCAGCAGAACCUGUCGACGUUGAUCCUCUUGUUAUGGAUUACAUCAGCAAGAAACAUUCUCAGAAACUUGACAGCAUGAAAAAAACUGGAGUUUCUAUUGAUAAAAACAGGCGUGUACAUUUUCGUUCACUGUAUCCAGGAGAACAGGGCAAUGUUCAUGCUCAGUUCACCAGAGAGCGCUUUAUUACAUUCUACCAGAAGAUUGCCACAGGACUGGAAACUAAGGCUUGUCAGUUAAACACAAGUCAAAUGCAGGUGUUGGACACGUUUCCAGAGCUGCUAGUGACGUGCAAUUCACAUAAUAGACAGAUAUAUCAGCUCACCGGGAGCUUCCUUAGCCUAGAAGGUUUUGAGCAGUCUUUACGCAGCUCUCCUAAAAGGUAUUCUCAAAAAUACUCUCAAAUCAGUCAGGUGGGCACUGCCCGUGCCUCCGCAUCCAGCCCACCGGUGCAGCAAAAUCAACCAAACGACAAAGAGGAAAUUUGUUGUAUUUGUUUGGAUACGUUGGAUAAGUCCAAAAGUAAAACUCUGGACAAAUGUAAGCACACCUUCUGUAGAGACUGCUUGAAGAGGGCGUUCGAAAUUAAGCCAGUUUGUCCCACAUGCGGAGUGAUAUACGGUGCUUUAAAAGGCACCCAACCUGACGGAGGCAGUAUGCGAAUCACAGUGGAGCCAUCCUUCCUACCAGGCUAUGAACGCUACGGAACCAUUGUCAUUCAUUAUUACAUCCCAGAUGGCACACAGGGGGAUGAGCACCCAAAUCCAGGUAAACCAUACGAUGGUGCAGCUCGCACAGCCUACCUGCCAGACUCCAAAGAGGGGAAGAAAGUUUGUAGUCUCCUUAAGCAAGCCUUUGACCAAAGGCUCAUCUUCACCAUUGGGAUCUCAUCCACCACUGGCAGGAGCAAUGUGGUGACCUGGAAUGACAUUCAUCAUAAGACAUCUCGCACUGGUGGGCCAACUGGCUACGGUUAUCCAGAUCCUGACUACCUGAAACGAGUGCAAGACGAGCUGAAAGCCAAAGGUAUCUGCUGAUAAUUCCAGUGCUGUUAAUGAAUUUUCCUGAUGUAUAAAAGUAGCUAUAGGGACACCAUAAAAUAGCCAGCUGCUAUACAUACACAUUUAUAAUUAAGCUGUUCAUUUAGAGAAUAUUGUCUAACAAUACAUGUUCAGUUAUGCUUUGUAAUUAAGUAUUACAAUGCUAAUGUGCUAAUGUUUAAUUUAAGAACUGUUUUCCAUACUCAACAGUAUCAUAUUAUAAAGGGUAAUAACUAAUGCUGUAACUAGUCACAGUUAUACCUGCUGCUUUAUAUAGCCAUUAUAAUAGAUUGAGCACUGAAUCUACUUUGUCAAAUUGCCCUCCUUCAUUAAAAUGAGAAAAAAGUAGAGCGUUGAUUACAUCUAUCGCAUGGCUUGAAGUUAGAGACCCUUUUUUCUGAUUAGGUGCAGUAGUAUCAACUGACGUUAUUGUGGAGGAGAACAUGGACAGGCUUAGAUUAUUUUUGAAGGCUUUGCUUUUGCAGAGUUACAUUUUCUGUUAGCUUUGCUAGCUAAGUAUAUCUUUUGAGGGAGGGGCUUACUAUCAUUGGUUUAUAUUUACGCACAAGAACUUUUAUCCUCCGAUAGAAUGAUUAAGUAAUUCCAUGUGUCACUUUUCCACUUGUAAGUCAGACAAUCAGAUUGCAUUUUGAGCCAAACCUGUGGAGCAGACGCUGCCAAGUCCAGAAAAAAAAGCUAGUGAGAAAACGCACUUGAUUCCAGGGUCUUGGAUUUAGGCCCCAUGUUGGGCGUCAGUGAUUAGGGCCAGUGGUGACCUCCUAGGUCCUUAACCCUCACUUUUCCCCAGGUGUUGCAGCGAUGGCUGCCCACCAGUCCAGGAACAUGUGCUCACUAUAGGUCACUAUGUUAAAGGCGGCAGCUGCAUUUCAUCUGUGCUUCUAGCACAAGUAUGGUAAAUAUGGGUGUCUUAGUCUUGAUCUUGAAUUUAAUUUCACCAAAUGACAUCAAGUGACAUUUUUUUGUUGCUUUUUUUUACUGUCCAUCCAAUCUGUACCAGUAGUCCACUAAACACAUAGGAAAGUAGGUGGUAGUAAGUGCUACUGUAGCUGAAUUAAAAAACAAAAAUAAUGCUUAAUACAAAAAUCUGUAAUCAGCCAGAAUAAUCAGAAACAUUUUACUGUGAUGCACAGCUUUACAUGUGGUGGAACAACCUGACUGACCUUGGUUUCUUUUUUUUUUUUAGACUUAUUUAACAUUUUUACACGUUUUCUCCCAAUUAGGCUAGGCCAAUUGUCCCACCCAUUCAGCUGCUACUCAGCUGUAUAUCUUCCAUCACAAAUGAUGUUACAACACAAGGGUAAAGGUUAGCACAUGCCUCCUCCAACACAUGUGAAGUCAGCCAUCUCAGCUCUUUUUGAACUGCGGCUGAUGUAACAUUGCCGAGUAGCAUCACAGCGCACUCGGAAGACAAGCGCAGCGACUCAGUUCUGAUAUAUCAGCUCACAGAUGACUCGUGCUAAUCGACAUCACCCUUUGGAGUAGUAAGGGGAAAGAGCACCAUCUACCCACACAGAGAAAGCAAGGCCAAUUUUGCUCUCUCUGGCCUUUGGCAGCUGAUGGCAAGCUGCAUGACUGGGAUUCGAAUCAGCAAUAUUCCGAUCGUAGUGGCAGCACUUUAGACCUCUAAAGUUUCUGACCUUAGUUUCAAAGUAGUGAGCUUAUUACUUGGGUGUAUAGCUACAAGCCAAUUAGAUAGGAACUACAUGAUCUAAUUUCUCUCCCAUGACUUUUGGCAUGUCAGUUUUAUUUUAAUGAAGGUGUUAGGAUUUCCUUUUACCGCUUUAGGUAAAUUAUUGAAUGGUUAUAAACGACUACACAACAUGCAAGUUUGUUUAUUGUUAAGCAGUUUGUUUUUGUGGUAAGCAGAUCGCAACCACAAUGUCAUUGAUCUUACACACUUUGCUUAAAGAUUUUAAGCAUUUAAACAUUUAAGGCAACUUUACUAUUUUUAAAUUGCUUUUUUUAUUUGAACAAAACUGUGAAAAAAGAGGAAAAUGGCCAGAAGCAAAUAUGUGGGCAUCUUUCUUGAUCAGCACUCAGUAACAAUCUUUUGAACAAUCCCCUGAACACACAACCCCCUAAUUGACAGUUGAAGAGGUGUUCUCUUCAUGAAAACUUGUGAAGCUGCAAGCAACUUAUUGUGUAUUAAUUGCAUUGGAUUUUUUGUGUGUUUUCUGGAUUUCUUGAACUUUUUGUUUAUUAUGAAAAAUCAUUAGUAAGGCAGUACUAUUUGUUGAUUUAGAAACAUAUGAUUAUUUUCUUAGUUGAAAUAGUGUUUUUGCAGUCAACACUAUCAUUUACAGUAUAAUUUUAUGAAUGUCUGUGAAUGUAACUGUUCCAUCUGUUUUCCUUUUUAUAUUGUGUAUAUAGUUUAUAGUUUUGCAAAAAAUAACCAUUAUGACAAUAUAUAGAUGAAUGUUGUUUUGUGAUAUUUGCUUAAUAUUAAUAUUAGGGCCAUAUGCAUUUACUGACAAGUGAAGUAAAAAGCAUAUUUUACAUAAACUGAGGAGCCAAUAAAGGGACAAACAACACUGUUAGAUUCAUGCUAACCAAAAUGUGUAGAGGGGCCUUUAGAAAUUACCAUUAUUAUAUUUAAUUUAAUUUUCAUGAAACACUAAUAUUUUAUUUUGUGCAUGUUAUUCCUGCAGCUAUUUAAAACUGUUCUUUUUUUAACUAUUCACACAGUUUUUAGACAAAUUGUGCACAAAUCUGGACAGUUUUGCACCUUGCUCAUGAUUUAAAUAAAAACCAUCAAACCA